UGAAGCACCCGUUUUGGCGUGACAGUCACGAGUAUCUAAUGAAUCGUCACUCGACUGACACCUUGAUGUUUUAUUUAUAAAAGGACGAGGCGUCACCGCGGAUCUUCUCGAGAAGCAAAAAGAUCUUCAGGCAGCACCAAAACUAACUGCCAUCCAUCACUCUCCAUGAAUGUAUGAGCUGCAAACCAUUGCUCUCUCCAUUGGUAGAUUAGAAUCAAUAGUAGAAUAGAAUUAAUAUAGCAACAUGACGACGACAGCAUCUGUAAUGGUGGCACGAGGGCUCCUGCGUCGACUGCCGUCUAGUAGUAGGCAUGUUGUUCCAGUAGUGCGAUCAAUGGUAUCUCGUACAGCAGUACUGUGGGACCAAAAGACGAUCCAAUUACCGGGCUUGGGCGAUUCGAUUACCGAAGGUACCAUUGUGGAAUGGACAGCAGCGGUUGGACAAGCAGUCAAGGAAGGGGAUGUGGUUGCCAUGGUCGAAACCGAUAAAGUUACUGUCGAUAUCAAGGCGGAAAUUGAUGGAGUCAUUAUGGAACAGUUUCCUGCCGUAGACGACACGGUGGAAGUGGGAGCUGACUUGUACAAAAUUGAUACCGAAGGACAAGCCACCGUCACUGUCGCUGCCACAGAUGCUGCUGCACCAAGUCCAGCUGCUGCUACGGAAGAGACGGCUCCACCGGCAACAGCUGCAGCAGAAUCCGCCAAAUCAGCAACUACAGCAUCAGCAACAACCCGCACACCUUCCAUUCAAUUUCGCGGCAAGGACGGAUGGGCCAAAUUACGGGCGGCUGGUUCCGCACCCACCAUUGUCCAUAUUCCACCCAUGUACGGACGUCCCGUCUUUACCCAGGAAGAAAUGGAUGCACUCGUCUCGGGAGGAGCCGAUAUUGCACCACAAGUCAAAAAGCAUUCUUCCGGUGCCAUGUUUGGAUACUAAUAGUAAGACUCGACUCAUAAAAACAAUCAAUCCACAAACAAGAAAUCAAAGAACUCAACAAGAUUGUAGACAAAUCAGAAUUUUGAAAUUAUGGACUAUGUAUGACAGCAACAACCUUCACAAAAACAAAACAAUGAUAUCUUCUGUAGUCAAAUCACGGCUUUAUAUUACUUUAGUUAGUUAGUAGUAUGGUAACGAACAAAGCCGCGAGGCACGGAAUUUCCAAGCUACGGUACUGUACCCCGAAGCCCUGAACAGAUCGAGCUACAUGUACCGGUAGCUAGUUGUGCAUUUUCCACACAAGUUGCCUGGGAAUACAGGGACCACCGAGCUGGUGCGGGCUUUUGGUUUCCUCAUUAUUUUAAAAAUUUCAAUGGUUUUCUUGGGCAAACAUCACUCUGUCCCUUUGUGAAA